AUGAGUGGGAUCGAGAUUGUUGGCGUCGUUCUGGGUGCUUUGCCGUUAAUUACAUCAUUGAUAGAUCAGUACCGUGUCUCCAAGCGGAUCUACAAGGUGUUUCGGUACAAAGAACCUUACAUCGAUCAACUUAUCCAGUCACUGAGGACGCAGAAUUUCUUCCUGGAGACUGAUAUCCUGGUAAUUUUGAAGGAAACUUUUGGUCAAGAUUUUGUACAGUCCAUUCCCGACUUUACGCAGGCAUCGUCGACCCUUUUCGAAGAUCCGGAGGUUUCAAGCCGAAUUGAAGAAUAUCUUGGUGAUGGGUAUACCCACUACAAGGCUGCGCUAUCGCGAUGCGAGGAGAUUCUAUCUGGGAUAGCCGAUAAUAUCAGUGGUUUGAAAUCAGAAAAACAGACUCUGGGUGCUCUUGUGCAAGCCUAUCCGAAGAGGAAUGGUUCAUAUGAAAUCACAAAGAAAAUCAAAUUUGCCCUUGACCGAGACAACUUGCAAAAGAAGAUCAACAGUCUGGAUGAUGCGACCAAGAUGCUGAGUCGAAUCCGCGAAAACAGUUCGUCGCGGACUGGGAUCGUUGUCCAUUCCAGUGGCUCAAGCGGAAGAAAAUACGUAUCCUCUUUUGACACCAUACGGAGACACGCCUGGCGCCUGUACUCGGCGCUUGCAGUCAUUUAUACAAAAGGUUGUCACCCAAUGCACGGUGCGAAUCUUUUUCUCGAAAGCAGGGCCGACCUAUUGGACAGGAAACAUCGAGCAAUGAAGAAAAAGCCUGUCACAUUUACCCUAUCUUUUGAUCCUGUUGGUCAUACGGACGGCCAACCUUCUCAUUUGGCUAUGGAAAUUAAAGCGUGGGAGAAUGACACAUCGCUUUCACCUUCUCAUACAGGACUUGAGUCAAACCGCCGUUCAUCUCGCAUCUCAUACGACCCAUCGGUCGAUGCUCCUCGCCUGUCCCAUGAUGGAAAUAUGUCAAAUGAGAGCUAUAAUAGCUCUGCAAUGACGAUAAAUGACCCGGGCCACCAGAAGAUCUCUGGGCCAAGCGUUGUCAAAGACCUUUGCCUGCACCUUUCAGAAACAACGGAGUUUAAAGGCUUUCUUCUCUGCCAGGACAAUCAUCUGUGGUGUCACCAAGGUGUUGAAAAUAUGACAACACGGCUAUCAAACCCCAAGGACUCUGUUUACUCUCUCAAGGAUCUCAUGCAACCAACAGCCCCAAUGAGGCUGCUACUCAAUCCCCGAAUGGCACUCUCAUUUCGGAUCGCAUCUUCUGUCAUGCAAUUGAACUUGACAAAGUGGCUCCACCGGCCUCUGACCAGUGACAUGAUCAAUAUUGUAUCCGGUGAUGGUGGAUCAGGAAUUCGUCCAUUCAUCAGUCACGCCUUCUCCCCGGAUUCAGGGGAGCCUCAGCCUUACCAAGUUCGACGAGGAGUUCUUGAGCUUGGUAUCCUGCUUCUCGAGCUAUGGCAUUCUAGAACCUUUGUCACAUACGCCGCAGAAGUGAACGUGCCGCUCACUGACUCUUUCGCAAUUCGAUAUGAAGCUGCACGCGGAUGGUUGGAUUCAAGUCGAGACGAAGUCCUCCCAUACUACCUGACUGUGGUAACACGUUGCGUUGAAGGUACAUUCUUUAGCAAUACUGCAGAUCUGGACUGGAAUGAUACGGCAUUCCGAGAAUCUUUCUUCGAACAUGUUGUCAAGCCCCUGUGGGAGAAUUGCCCAGUCAGCCUUCGAUGA